AUGUCGUCACCUUCAAAGCGGCAAAAUGCAAAUCAAGAUGGUGGUGGAAACAUGAAUAGUACCAGCAGGAUUAGUAACAACGGGAUGCAAGCCCCACCACAACAAACAGUAGAAGAGGUAAUCAAAGAACGUAACAACCUACGUUCGCAAAACGAUCAACUAUGGAAAAUCAUUGAAAAACAAAAGCAAAUAAUAAAUAAUUUACAAAAUGACAAUAAAAAAUUGGCUUAUGAAAAGGAAAGACUGUUGGGAAAAUUAAAGGAGACUGGUAAUGGCGCAAAUGGAAGUGAUGCGUUGGGUCGAUUUUGGUUGCAGGAUGAGGAAUUUGGAGGUGUUGGUAAUGGUGUAUCGGUUAAAAGAGGUGGAAGUUUAAAUAUCGUUAGAACCGACCACCAUCAUAUUGGUAGUAAUAAAUCGACAAUAUUGGACAAUAGUGUUCUUUCAAAUUUGAGUCAAAAAUCGGCUGUGCCGACUUUGCCAAAUAUUGAAGAAAAAAACCAAGGAAUUCCAUCACCAUCUGCAUCUGUUUCAUUAAGAACUACUAAUAACAAUUCAUCCUUAAAACAGUAUCAACCUCAGACUGAAAAUAUUUCACAGACACAACAAACAAAAACACCGCCAUCUUUACCGUCAAGCUCUGAAAAUACUAGUAGUUCUCCGGUGACUACGACUAGUAGUAAUAGCAUCUCACCAUCUUCUUCGCCGCCACCAUCCUCUGAAAUUACAUAUGAUGUUUCUUCAGGUGGAAUAUCAGGAGGGGAUGGUGAGGAAGGAAUUGAUAGUCGUUCAAAUACUCCAAUUUCAAUUGAUAGUGAACAAUCAUCAUCAUCUCCCCCUAUAGCAUUAACUCAAUUGAUGACUGGUGCGAAACAAUCAUCACCACCGCAACAAUUGUCAUCGCCACAAACUUCACCAAAGCAAAAUCCUUCGUCACCUACUUCAGUUAAAUCAUCCGGAUCUUCUGGUAGUGGAGCUCGACAUAAGUAUAAUGACACAAAUGAUACAGAACUCGAUGAUUCUUUUGUUCUUCAAUUCUCUACUCCCUCGCCGACUUCUGUUUCUAUGUCAACUAGUGACAGCGCUAAUGGUAAUCAUAGUUUACCAAAAGAGAAUAAAAAAGCCAAUUAUCGACUAAGUCAAUUACCACCUCGAAAAAGUUCAGAUCAUAGUGACGAGUCCACGAGUAACCCCGUUUCACCGCGUGAUGAUUCUGCAUAUAGUAAAACUUCCAAAGAUUCAACUCAUAAAAAUGGACAUUUACAUACUCUUUCAUUGCCAAUUAAUGGCCCUACUGUUCAAAUUAAUACGACGAGUUCUCCUACAACUACUACUAUCACAACAAAAGAAGAUACUAUGACACAUGAAACUUGUAAUAAACAUAGUAGUACGGGAUCUUUGACACACAUAAAUAGCGUUCCAAACCUAACUACUUAUCUUUCAGCAACAUCUGAGAGUGCUGAUGGUAUUAACAGUAAUGUUAAUAAAAAAUCGCCGAAACAUGCAAAAUCUUUUGAAUCAAUGACGCAAAACAAACGUAUUUCUGCAGUAUCAAUGCCGAAUGAGUUGCAAUCAUAUCAUAUACAAUCCGAAGGUAAUAAGCCAGCGCUUACUACUUCAGGGGGAACUUUGGAUGUAUCGCCAACCAGAAAGAAUCGAAAUAGUGCUUUGAUUAUGAAAACAAAUUCACUACCAGUGGAAGGUCAAUCUCUACUUUUAUCAGCUACCGAAACAUCAUCACCGAAUUCCGAGGGUCGAAAACAUCAUUUAAAAAACCAACUUUCAAUGAAUGAUUUACAUUCAUUGACUACGCCAAAUAUGUUUACUAAUGAUUCUUCAUCAUCUCCAGCGAGGCGACCUUUGCAAUCAAGUCCCCCCCGAAGCUCAUCAACCAAUUCCGUGACACAAGAGCAAAGCGCAGCUCCUCCAACACCACCAAGACCAAGUCUACAACGUUCUGAUACACCAACACUAAUAUCGGCCGAUGCUAUAUCUGGAAUCUCCGUGAAGGUUGAAGGCAGUAAUAUCAAAACAAAUGAAAAAGGCAAAGAGGUUUUAGCGUUCGUUAUUUCGGUGGGACAAGCAAAGAUACACGAAGGAAUUGUUAUUGGAAUGGAAGAAGAAUUAUGGAGAGUUGAAAAAUUAUAUUCUGAUUUUUUGGCUUUGGACGCUAAGUUAAAACAACGCCAAAAUCGUAGCUUAAAAAUUGGUAAAUUGCCUGACAAGAAUCUCUUCACCAAUAAUGCACCGAGCAAAGUUGAUCAACGAAAAUUGGCGCUUGAAAAUUAUUUAAAGCAUAUUAUUUCGUUACCGCUCAAAGAUACUAAAGAUUUAUGUGAAUUUUUGAGUACAGACGUUGUAGAACGAGAAGAUCCCGAGUAUUUAAAUUCGAUGGGUCAUAAAGAAGGAUAUCUGACAAAGAGGGGCAAAAAUUUUGGUGGUUGGAAAACACGUUACUUUGUCCUGAAAAGCGCCGUAUUAGAGUAUUACGAAUCGAAAGAUGGUCAUCAUUUGGGCACUAUUCGACUGACUAAUGCACAAAUUGGUCGUCAACAGUCUACUGUUGAGGCCGAUUUAGCAGGAAACGAAAAUUCGUACCGUCACGCGUUUUUGAUCUUGGAGCCGAAACACGGCUCGAAAGGAAGCACGAGACACGUUUUAUGUGCUGAAAGUGAUGCCGAGAGAGAUCAGUGGGUUGAUGCUCUAUUACAAUAUGUGGUAAAUGAGGAUGAUCUUCAAGAAACGAAAAAACGUGGGAAAGAAAAGGCGACAAAACUCGCCAAACAAAAUAUCGAAAAGAUUAAUGCACAGCCAAUUUCGCAACUUGGACGUGAUGAAAAUAAUUAUAAGUUGAUUGUUAGCGAAGCGGUGUUGCAGCAAGCCAAGGAAGAAAUACGACAAGAGAAUUCUCCUACGAAACAUAAAACAAAUAAUGAUUCGAUAUCAAGGAAAAUCAUUAACGUGGAUGGAGAAUCUACAAACUUUAAUUAUGAUGCACAAUCAAAUAACAACUCGAACUAUGUUCCAACUCAUCAUGUAUCAUCUUCAAUAACAUCAUAUCAAAGCUUUGGUUCUCAAUCAUCUAGUAGUUUACCGGCGAACCUUAAUUUGUCGUUCCAACAACAGCAGCAGCAAGACGCAUCAUUGUAUUCCCAAUCAAGAUUAGGUGUGUCUACAACUAGUCAAUCCAACAAACGUGGAAGUAUGCUGGAGACCGAAUAUAAUGGUAAUAAUCCUAUGAGACCACAAAGAGAUGGGACACCUGAACCAAAAGAAGUUUUUUCGGUUCAGCAGCAAUUAGCAUCAUCAGGUGGUGCUACAACAUUAUUACCUGUAUUUAAUCAAAAUCCUUCGAAUGGACGACGAGCAGAAGAAGAUAAAAAAGACAAAGAUCGAAGAGGUGUUAGAAUGACUUUCUUUGGUAAAUCGAUGUUUGGUGGGGGAAAAGAAGAAAAGAAACAUCGACCCGAUAUUGCUCCAGACCCGAAUCGAAUUGUAUUUGGUGUUCCGCUGGACCAAGCAAUUGCUGUGGCAAGAAUAAAAGAAGGAUAUGAACUUCCAGCUGUCGUGUAUCGAUGUAUUGAAUAUUUGGAUGCCAAGAAUGCUGCAUUUGAGGAAGGAAUUUAUCGAUUGAGUGGCUCAAAUGCCACGAUAAAAUUAUUACGAGAACGAUUCAAUACAGAAGGUGAUGUAAAUCUAUUGGCUGAAGGCGAAUAUUAUGAUGUACAUGCAGUUGCUGGAGUCUUGAAAGCAUAUCUGAGGGAAUUACCGACUAGUGUGUUGACCCGUGAAUUACAUAUGGAAUUUGUCAAUGUCAUUGAUCUUCUCGAAAGACGGGACCGUAUAAACGAGCUUGGUCGCCUUGUAUCUGCACUUCCGUUAUCAAAUUACACACUACUUCGCACUCUUACCGGACACUUGAUAAGAGUAGUUCAGAAUUCAGACAUCAAUAAAAUGACAGUGCGCAAUAUUGGCAUCGUCUUUUCGCCGACCUUGGGUAUUCCAGCCGGGGUAUUCAGUUUGUUCAUGGCGGAAUUCGAAUAUAUCUUCUUUACUGACGGAGAUGGUGUAGCAGCACCUAGAAGCAUUGAAGAACCGGAAACAGUGAGUCACACCAUCAAUAAUAACAGAUCACCCAAUUCUCCUUCAUUCCGUUCUCCAACGAUAAACACCAAUAUUUCUACUAAUCCGAUUGCCAAUACUGAAGCUCCUAUCUCCAUUGAUGAUGAAGAACCUUUAAUUGCAUUAUCACCGAAAUCGGCUAUGCGUCGACGAGAUAUACGUGAUGAGUUGUCGGGUAGAAGUAAUCGAAAUAGUGUACAUUAUCUUGAUAAUGCUCCGGAAUCUGUGGUUGGAUUAGAACGAAAAAUGACUGUUAAAGCAUUAAAUCGUAGCGAUGAUGACGACGAAGAGGUUAAUGAUUUGGAACUACAAGUGGAAGAUGACGAUCUUGAGAGUGAAUCUUCUGCAUCAAUAGAAGAUCCGAACAUAACUCAAUAUAAUCCACAUCAAUCACCCAUAUCCGGGAAUUCAGCAUCAUCUGCUCCACAAUCCCCCCAUUCGCCAAGUGCUAAUUCAACUUUACCUCGCUCGAACUCAGCUCCGACCACUCAUGAUAACUCAUCACUUCAAAUUCAAAACACGUUAUCUAAUAAUAAUAAUCAUCAUCAACAGUCAUAUGAUGACAACUUAAGUGAACGCGACAUACGUAAACAGCGAAGACUGACCGUACGGAAUUUCACGCAGCGUGAUUCCAUGUACGAAGUUUUUAAUGAACAACAUCGUGAAUUGAAAGAGAUGCUGAUGAUGAAUGAACGUAAUUCAUCGCCUUCUGCGUCAUCAUCAAUGCCAGUUCCGAAAAAUGGCGGUGGUGGAAUACCCAAUGAAAUGAUAUAA